AUGGCACCUGCUACGUUUGAGCAGAAGCUGGCGCAUCUUAAGCGCGAGGCUGAGCACUAUGCUGAUUACCUAAGUGAUGAAGAGACGGAGGAUGAAAUGACGAUUAAAGCCAAUGAGGAGGCAGAUUUUUGUAAUGACUACAGUAUGGCCGUGGUGGUAGGCGGCCUGCCCGUCGUAGACGAAUCCAAGCACAGCAAGUUGCUGAAUGUGGUGAAGAAGAUAUUUGGUCAAGUGGGUGUUGUAGUGGACAUUCAAAUGCCAUUUUGUGCUAAUGGCAAGACAACUGGCUUUGCCUUCGUCGAGUACGAGCAGGAGGCACACGCUAAUGACGCUGUGCGUACGAUUAACAAUUUUGCCCUCGACAAACGCCACACCAUGAUUGUAAACAAAUAUGAGGAUAUUGAACGCUAUCAAAAUAUAAAUACCGAGUUUGUGUCACCUAAUGUGGAAAAUUUUGUGGAGCCUAAGAACCUCCAGACGUGGCUCAUGGAUCCUGCACGUCGUGACAUGUUUGUGCUGCGUCAUGGCUCGGAGACGGAAAUCUUUUGGAGCGACAAGGGAGAGGUCGAGUUCGUUUACGCUGGAGACCGCGAAAAGUCAAAUGGCAAACAGUGGUGCUCGCAGUACGUGCUAUGGUCUCCUCAGGGUACUUACUUGGCCACUUUCCACCCACAGGGCAUUGCCAUCUGGGGCGGUGACAAGUACGAGAAGGUCGGACGUUUUGCUCACAAGAAUGUCAAGCUGGCUGUUUUCUCGCCUCUUGAAAAUUAUCUCAUUACAGUAAGCGAGACCGACCAGGACUCGGCUAUCAUAAUUUGGGACGUAAAGACCAGCAAGAUGCUGCGUGCUUUUCCUGCUGGCAAAUCUACGGGUGUCAAGGGUGAGGUAGUACAGGGCAUCAUGACACCUUUUAAGUGGAGCGCUGGUGACAAGUAUGUAGCUCGACGUGGCAAUGAUGUCAUCAGUAUCUACGAGCUACCGUCCAUGAAGCUUCUUGAGAAAAAAUCGCUGCGUGCCGAGGGCGUUCACGAUUUUUUCUGGUCGCCAACCGACUUAAUUUUGGCCUACUGGGCGCCAGAAGGCAACAACGUGCCCGCCCGUGUGUCGCUGGUGGCGCUUCCAUCCCGCCGCGAGGUGCGUCAAAAGAACUUGUUUAACGUGAGCGACUGCAAGCUGCACUGGCACCCGAAUGGCACCUUCCUGUGCGUCAAAGUCACUCGUCACUCCAAAUCAAAGAAGACCAUGUACACAAAUUUUGAGCUGUUCCGUUUGCAAGAGCAGCUGGUGCCAGUCGAGAUGCUUGAGGUUAAGGACAACAUUGUUGCGUUUGCAUGGGAGCCCAAGGGCACGCGUUUUGCCACCGUGCACGGCGAAGGCCAGCAGCGCUUGAACGUGUCGUUCUAUGACAUGGACGGUGGUAACAAGGCGAUGAAGGAGGUAACUCUACUGUAUACUCUUAAGGGCAAGGCCUGUAGCCACUUGUAUUGGUCGCCGCUUGGCAACAACAUUGUGCUGGCUGGUCUUGGUGAGAUCAACGGCCAACUCGAGUUCUGGGACGCCACUGAACAGCAGAGCAUUACUGUGCAAGAACACUUCAAAUGUACGCACGUUGAGUGGGACCCCUCUGGACGUGUGGUUGCAACGGCUGUGUGCCAACCCUUGGACAACUCGUAUUACAAGCUUACUAUGGACAAUGGCUACACGCUGUGGUCAUUCCAAGGAAAACAGCUUUUGGAGGAGAAGAAGGAUGCGUUCUAUCAGUUCCUGUGGCGCCCGCGUCCGCGCACUUUGCUAUCUGACGCCGAGUACAAGAAGGUAGUGAAGAACCUUAAGAAGUUUGAGAAGCGCUUUGAUCAGAUGGACCGCCUUAAGGAGCGCGAGCGCUUGGCCGUUGAGAAUGCAGAGCGUAACCGGAAGGUGCAGGAGUUUCAAGAGUUGCUGCAAAGGCUCCUAGCCGCGGCCUCUUCACGUCGUACGGAUUACAUUGCGCUGCUGGACGGCUACGACAGUGAGGACGAGAGCGAGUAUAUAGUGCAGAGUCACACGUACGACGAUGUGCUCGAAAUUAAGGAGGAAGUCAUGCGCAAAGCCUCUGCCGGACCCGGUAAGUUGAGUGCUAAAUUCGAUCAAGUGCUGGAAGAACGACAUUUGGAUGAGUUUGGUGCUGUCUUUAAACGUCGACUCUUGACAUUUCGGAACGAGGCUCCAUCUAUGAAAAGUGGUUUGCAAGCUCUGACUAUAUUGAGCAUAUUGAAGACUCACUGCUGGACAAGAAAAAUUGCCGAUUUUAUGCGUGUCAAGAACAAGUCUUACCAGGAGCUGGGUCAAAUCUGGGUAUUCUUCUCAAGCUGCUAUUGUAAAAAUGCUCCAAUGUCAGAACAUAUCACCUGCAACAAUUGUUCAAAAGUGAAGAAGGCCAAUGUGCUUGUGCAGCUGAUUGUGCGCAGGCGCCGCGUGUACACCGACAAAUAG